AUGGAGGAAGACCCUAAGAUGAUAGACGAAGUGACUGAGUGUCCGUAUGUGGUCGGCAAUAAGAUCACCCUGCAGGUAGAGGGUCGCCCGGUGCAAGCCACAAUUGUUAAAACCUUCGAACCCUGGACUCAAUCAUGUGCCAUGGUCCUCUUGUUUGAUUCCAACCUUUCUUCUCUAGGCAUUAAGGGGAAGGUGGUCCUGAAGAUCUAUGAUCGACGGUUUUCAACGGGACUACGGAGUGUCUAUAAAAUUGCCGGUCCCUGGACACCAGAAAUUGAGAGAGAUCUUUAUGAAUUCCUUUGCUCAGACGAAGGAAUGGAGUUUGCGAUUGAGUACGAAAAGGCUUGCAUAAAGCAAAGAGAAGAAGAUCACUGCUUUAUGCCAACAAUCAUUGAAGAAGAUACCGAGGAACAGGACCAACAGAACACUUGUGAGCAGGAAGGCACCAAUGGAAAUGACAAUUUCAAUGGCUUCCCGCGGUCUAUUAUGCGCCACCCGCCUUUUCUCACUGGAGUCACUGCGGUCGUUCCUUGGGGUCGUCAUAAGAUCAUUGACAUCGAAACCCAAGAUAUCAACAGAAACAAUGAAGUCAGUGGAGACAAUUCUACCAAAACCCAUGGGACAACUGGAGAACAACAGACCAACGAUCUCGACGCAGCGGUUGACGAUGCAGGGGGACCUGAAGACGAAGAAGGGGAAUGGGAUCACAGAUGCGAGGAGAUUGAUGCCUACGUCCACAAGCAGUUCUAUUACGAAUCAGAGACGGAAGCAUACGAGACGAUGAAGAAUCUGCAAGGCAUUUCCAUCCCCCGAAUGUUUGCACGUACGAAAAUUCUGGGACCGAAAUACACCCAAGGUCAGCGCUUUAGCCGGUAUUUCGAACAUCCUGGGAUUCUCAUGGAAUACAUCGAGGGAUUCCCUCUACCCGAACUCCCCAAGAAAGCCCCAAAGAAAGCAUGGCAACCCAUCGUUGAUAAGGCUAUCGAGAUUGUCAAUGAAAUCAUGCGCCAUGGGGUCCUCAAUGACGAUACGAAUGUAAGAUGCUUCAUCGUGCAACCUGAUCCAGCCAACGACCCAGAUUUAGAUUUAGACUCCGAAUACAAGUUCAAAUUGACUAUGAUCGACUUUGGUCAUACCGAAUUUCGGAGACAAUACCUGCCCGGGGAGGACUGGCGAUGGUGGGAAGCACAAAAUGAUGCAGAGGGGGCUAUCGGAUCAAUAAUGCAUCGGAGAUUGGGAGAGGUAUGUGAGGGAGUCUAUGUAUAUGAACAGACCCCAUACUGUAAAUCGCUUCAACAUGAUUACAUGAGGGAAGAGUGUUCCCAGGAGAGACCUACGCCACGCACUGAAUGA